UACGGCAGAAGUCCUGAGCCAAGAAACGAUGAGGAUGUGAAGCUUCUCAAACAUGAGCUUCCUGCAGAAGCCAAAGUGGAUGAAAAAUUACUGAAAAUGUUCAGUUAUCAGGCUUCUGGUAAUCUUGUAUCCAUCGCAUCGAUUGUUGGUGGAAUUGCGGCCCAGGAAGCAAUGAAAGCAAUCACGCAUCAUAUGACACCGCUCAGGCAGUUCGUCUACAUCGAUUGCUUGGAAGCGUUGCCGGGUGAUUGGUCGCCGUAUGAUAACGAGAAGCUUACUGCCAACGAUUGCAAAAUGAAAAACAGUCGUUACGAUGGACAGGUUGCUGUGUUCGGACAAGCAUUCCAGGAUGCGCUUGCGAAACAUAAUUUCUUCAUAGUUGGUGCAGUUCUGGUGGCAAAUAUUUAUACUACAUUCUUCUACUUUUGUAUGCAAAAUCGAGCCAAAAAAGCCCAUUCUAGCCAAAUUGCACUUGACAAACUCUUCACACGUGCUUUUAUUUCUCAGCUAAGCAAUGUGCUAUUGGAUGUGAAUUACUGA